AACAAUAAUAGUAUUAUGAGCAAUAAGCAAUAAUAUUGUGAAAAUGAAUUUUGAGAUAAAAAAAAGUAUAUGCUAUUUAGGCAUAGUAUAUCUCAGAGAAGAGUGAGUAUAAUACUAGUAUAAUCUCUUCCAAUAAUAAAAAGGAUAAUAAUGACAUUUUCAAAAGCAGUAGAGAAAAGAAAAAGUAAGAGAGAGAAUUAAACGUCAUCUUCUAACGUCGUUUUUGUAUAAAUAGCUCAUAGGUUACAACACUUUCUCCCGUUUAACACAGAGCUAACUCGCUCUCACUCAGCAACACUUUCACUGAGUCGACUCGCUAUUGUUUCUUCUUCAGUAGGGUUUUUUCACUUCUUCUUCAUCACUUUCUCUCUAACUGAAAAACGAUUUUCAGUUAUAGAGAGAGAAACUUUGAAACUUGGAGAGUUAGAGAGAGAAUUCGUUAUCAUGGAUGCGCACGCGGUGCAUUUGGCUAUGGCGGCACUCUUCGGAGCUUCAAUUGUUGCUGUAUCGGCGUACUACAUGCAUCGCAAGACGCUAACGCAGUUAUUGGAGUUUGCACGUACGGUUGAGCUUGAAGGUGGUUCUGACGGCGGCGAUUCGCCGAGGAGGCGGCGCGGUGGUUCUAAGAGGAGAGGAAAUGGAAGUUACCGGCGUGGUUCGGGUUCGUUGCCGGAUGUUACGGCUCUUUCUGGUGGAGUCGACGGAAAUGGACUGUUACAUGUUGAAGGGAUUCCGGCUGGAUUGCCUCGGCUGCAAACACUUCCUGAAGGAAAAUCUGCAAACAAUGGUUCAUUUAAGAGAAAUAUUUUAAGACCAACUUCUCCCAAGUCUCCUGUUGCUAGUGCUAGUGCCUUUGAAAGUGUGGAGGGAUCAGAUGAUGAAGAUAAUUUGUCAGACAGAGCCAAACUGGAUACUACAUAUCUGCACACAAAUGGAAAUGUAGGUGGAGAAGGUAAAAAUCCAUACGAGACUUUGUCUAAUCAUGUCAAUACUAAUGGAGAGCAGAUGGCAAUCACUGCUUCAAGUAUGAUCCGUUCUCAUAGUAUUUCUGGUGAUCUGCAUGGUGUGCAGCCUGACCCAAUAGCAGCUGACAUUUUGAGGAAAGAGCCAGAGCAAGAAGUUUUUGCUCGAUUAAAAAUUACUCCUAUGGAGGCACCAUCACCUGAUGAAAUUGAAUCCUAUGUGAUUCUUCAAGAAUGCCUUGAAAUGAGGAAAAGAUAUAUUUUUAAAGAAGCAGUUGCUCCAUGGGAGAAAGAAGUUAUAUCUGACCCCACUACUCCAAAACCUAACCUAGAGCCAUUCUUUUUCACACCUGAAGGAAAGUCUGAUCAUUAUUUUGAAAUGCAAGAUGGAGUUAUUCAUGUAUUUCCAAAUAGAAACUCCAAGGAAGAGCUUUUUCCUGUUGCUGAUGCAACUACCUUUUUCACCGACCUUCAUCAGAUACUUCGAGUUAUAGCAGCAGGGAAUAUCAGAACUUUAUGCCACCACAGGCUUAAUCUUCUUGAACAAAAAUUCAAUCUUCAUUUGAUGCUCAAUGCGGACAGGGAAUUUCUUGCCCAGAAAAGUGCUCCACAUCGAGACUUCUAUAAUGUUAGAAAGGUGGAUACACAUGUCCACCACUCAGCAUGCAUGAAUCAGAAACAUCUUUUGAGAUUCAUAAAGUCAAAGCUGAGGAAAGAGCCUGAUGAGGUUGUAAUAUUUCGAGAUGGGACAUAUCUGACGUUGAAAGAGGUUUUUGAGAGUCUAGAUUUAACUGGAUACGAUCUCAAUGUUGACCUUUUGGAUGUUCAUGCUGACAAGAGUACAUUUCAUCGCUUUGACAAGUUCAAUCUUAAAUACAAUCCUUGCGGUCAGAGUAGGCUCAGGGAGAUAUUUUUGAAGCAGGAUAAUCUCAUUCAAGGUCGUUUCCUUGGUGAGCUCACAAAGCAAGUGUUUUCUGAUCUUGAAGCCAGUAAAUAUCAGAUGGCUGAAUAUAGAGUAUCAAUAUAUGGUAGGAAGCAAAGUGAAUGGGACCAACUAGCCAGUUGGAUAGUGAAUAAUGAAUUGUACAGCGAGAAUGUUGUUUGGUUGAUUCAGCUUCCACGAUUGUACAAUAUAUACAAAGAAAUGGGAAUUGUGACCUCAUUCCAGAACAUGCUUGACAAUAUCUUCAUUCCACUAUUUGAGGUUACUGUUGACCCUGAUUCACAUCCUCAGCUGCAUGUUUUCUUGAAACAGGUCGUUGGGUUAGAUUUGGUGGAUGAUGAAAGCAAACCUGAAAGACGGCCUACAAAACACAUGCCUACACCUGCUCAAUGGACAAAUGUAUUCAAUCCGGCAUAUUCAUACUAUGUGUAUUACUGUUACGCAAAUCUGUACACCUUAAACAAGCUUCGUGAAUCAAAGGGAAUGACAACAAUCAAAUUCCGUCCUCAUUCUGGAGAGGCUGGUGAUAUUGACCACCUUGCUGCUACCUUCCUUACCGCUCAUAACAUCGCACAUGGAAUUAACUUGAGAAAAUCGCCUGUGCUUCAAUAUUUGUAUUAUUUGGCUCAGAUUGGACUGGCAAUGUCUCCUCUGAGCAAUAACUCUCUAUUUCUAGACUACCAUCGAAAUCCUCUUCCCAUUUUCUUCUUACGGGGUUUGAAUGUAUCACUUUCUACUGAUGAUCCACUCCAAAUUCAUUUAACAAAGGAACCACUGGUUGAAGAGUAUAGUAUAGCUGCUUCUGUGUGGAAGUUGAGUUCAUGUGAUUUAUGUGAGAUUGCCCGUAAUUCGGUUUAUCAAUCAGGUUUCUCGCAUGCUUUAAAGUCACAUUGGAUUGGUAAGGAAUACUAUAAGAGAGGGCCAAAUGGAAAUGACAUUCACAGAACAAACGUUCCUCACAUUCGGUUGGAGUUCCGUGACACGAUUUGGAGAGAGGAGAUGCAACAGGUUUAUUUGGGAAAAUCUAUCAUUCCUGAAGAAAUAGAGAAAUAGUGUGGCGAAAUCCUGCUUUUCAUACAUUCGUAAUGGAGAGAGAAAGAACGGAGAAAGUGAGUUCCUCAGCACCCAUUCAACAUCAGAGACAUCUUAAGGCCGAAGAUGUUACAACACUGGGUCAGUUAUACGAACCCGAUAUAUAAGGUUUACAGCUGAAUAUCACCGAGCUUGAGCAAUAGAGCUCGGGAAAGUGUUAUAUUUAUAAUUUAGGCUAGAAUUAAGAAUGAGAGCCGGUAAUAAUUGCAGCAAUUGCUGAUGCACGUUGCUGUUAGAAAUACAGGUUAAUAUCCUUUAUUAGAGGGAGAUUCUCUCAAAAUUUUGAUUCCUAGUGCUUGUUACUUGAAAGCUAAUGGGUCAUAUUGCAAUUUUUUUAUUUAUUGUAAACGUUUUCGAUGAUGACACGCAGAGCCAUUAGAAUGCCAAAAAAGACUGGUUUGGUGUCUUUUUGGUACAAAGUUUGGCUUGGUGUUGAAUAAUAUAUAUUGUCCCAAACGAUUCUGUUCAUUAAAAGAUGUUGAAUUCCCAAACA